CUCAACUCCCAAAAUACCCUACUUAAAACGCAAAUUGAACUCAAGGGCCAAGAGGCCCAAUACAACUCCGGCCCAACAAUUCAUUCUCUCUUCUUCUUCUUCUUCUUCUUCUUCUUCUUCUUCUGCUACUUGUACGAAUUACUCGCUAUCCUUGUUUCUUUUUUUUGGUUUUUGUCGAAGUUUGUGGAGAUGAAGAACCGAAAAUCGGAAGAGUACAACGGGAACGGAGAGAAUGUUAGCAGCUCGAUCUCGAACUCAAUCAAUAAGAAGAAGAAGAAGAGGCUGGGAGGAGGAGGUUUGUCUCUCGAAGCGUUCGCGAAUGCGAAAUCCAAGAGCAUAGACUACAAUCCAGCCCUUAUCAAAAAGCAAAGAGAGUUCUACAACAAUGCAAAAUAUGUGAAAAGGUACAAGAAGUUGAUGAAGCAGCAAAAUGGAACAGACAAUCAGCUUUCUGCAGCGACAAAUUUACUGGAGGGCCACAAUGAAACUGGAGAUGGUAUCAAGACAAUUAAGAAGCAGAAGAAUAAAUCACAGGGUUUAGAAGAGCUAUACAAGAAGAAACAUGAGGAGGAAGAGAAGGCAAGGAUGGAGAGAGAAGCAAUUAUUCAGGCAAAGAAGGAAGAGAGAGAAAGAGUCCAAGCUCGUAGAAAGACUCUAAGGGAGAAGAUGUUCAAGAAAACACGGUCAGGUCAGCCUGUCAUGAAGUACAGAAUUGAGUAUCUCUUGGAGAGUAUUCAGGCUUCUAAUAGUUAGGUUCAUUAUAUGCCUUACUGCUUUUCAUCCCAAAGUUUUUGGCAUCCCAACUGGAAAAUCAUGUAUGAAGUACUCAGAUAAGAGAAAUAGUUAUCACAAGAAAUUUAUAAACAUUCUCUUCUGUUGUCACAAAUGAUUCAACAUUGAAAGCCAUGUAGAACAUGUAAAGUAAAAUCUAAAAACCGAGUCUGAGUGUAUAAUUAAUUACCA